UACUAUAUCAAAGGUGAUGCUGGUGGGAAAGUGGAAAGAGGUAAAUUUCAGGAGUGUACUAUUUUAAUGUGGUGGCUGACCAAGUUCAGCUUUUGAAAUUCCUUGUCGACAUAUAAAAUCCUCUCCCGUUUAUAUCAAAACAAAGGCUCUACUUCAAUUUUUGCGGUCCCCUGGCAAGUUUCUCUUUCUUUUUUUUUCAUUGAAACCAUCUAAAGAAACCCAAAGAUUUCAUUGAUUUUCAUGUGCUUGCCCAACAAGGUGGCGCACCAAAGAGGGUCAGGUGAGUACGUCAGGUUUCCUCCUGUUGGAGAUGGCGGCGGCGGUACCGAAGAACAACAACAAGAUAGUUACAGCCAAGAAAUACAACCGCAGUUGUCUCAAAUUCGAGAAUUGAACCAACCGGUGAUGCAACAUGGGAACCAAGCAGAAAUAUUUUUUGGAUCGCAAAGUCAAGCAUCCGAGAUGUCAGCAAUAGUAUCCGCCCUGACACAUGUUGUCUCAGGGCAAAGAGCUACUGAUUGGGGUUACGGUGCCAACUUAGCUGGCAUGGUCUCGUCUAGUUUUGGGCCUACACAUAGUGGCUCAGCUGCAGCUCCUUCUGCUGUUUAUUCUCCUUCUUAUUCUUCUUCUUCUGCUUCUCCUUCUGGUUCUGGUUCUGGUCUAUGGAUCGGUCAAAAAAGAGGGCGUGAAGAAGAGGGUACUGCUCAAUUGAUUGAGUCUGUACCAAGGGUUCAAAGAGCUUUUGCUGAUUUUAGAGGUUCUCAUGCUGAUUCAUCAUCUGGUGCAACUGCUGUUACUGAAGAAACUACAAAUGUUAUUGCACCACCAACCACAUCAACGGAAACCGCAGUUGGAGCAGCAUCAGCGUCCCAUGAAGAAACUGGCGAGCGAAGAAGAAGAUAUAGAGGCGUUAGGCAAAGGCCAUGGGGAAAAUGGGCAGCAGAAAUACGUGAUCCUCACAAAGCAGCAAGAGUUUGGCUUGGUACAUUUGAUACAGCAGAAGCCGCAGCAAGAGCCUAUGAUGAAGCUGCCUUAAGAUUCAGGGGAAACAGGGCCAAGUUAAAUUUCCCGGAAAAUGUCAGGCUGGCUCCUCAACCAAUGCAGAAUUUUCCUGCUAUCCAAACAUCCGUUUCUACUUCUGUAACAACCCAUUUUCCACCAUCUCAUUUUAUGCCAGUGCCAUCAUAUUACCAAUCCCAACCUCUUCAGAGCUCUACCGCUGAUAUGAUGAGAGAUUAUUGGCAGUACUCUCAGUUGCUCCAGAGUUCUACUGAUUUCCAUGGACAACCAGCUACAAGCUUGCUAGAGCACAUGAUUCAAUCUUCUCAAUUACCUAAUAUUCAACAGCCAUUGCUAUCUUCUUCUUUGUCAUCUUUGCCUUCUUCAUUUGCAGCUUCUUCAGCUUCUGGUUCUUCAUCAUCUUCCUCUGCUGCUUUUCCUCUGCUUUUUGCUGAGCAGCAACAAAUGGGCAUUUUCAGGCAGCCGUCUAAUCAAACUCAGGCUAGUGGGUCAGAUUUUCCCGUGCCACCGUGGUCUCAUCCUAGUCAUUAUCCUCCAUCCACUAGUUAAUAGUAAUCCCAUUUUUUAUAUAGAAAAAAUAUAUCUUAGAAAGUUUUAAUAUUUUUUUUAAUUGUAAUUUAUGUAUUCGUAUCAUAUAAAAUAUAAU